UCCGAUGAGCAGAUAUUUCUGCAUGUCCAGCUUCAGAGAAUGCUGCAUAACGUCUGUUUUGCUAUUUACGCAAAUUGAACGUAUUCCCAGUUAUUGCCGCUAGUGGCUGCGUGGACCCGAUUUAUCUGGCGUGUCAUGUUUCUGACCGCUUUCAAAGCUUUGCUCCAAUACAAUUAAUUCAGAAUAUCGAGGUGACUUGUACCUCAGCUGCGUUCUCCCAGGGAAGAGACUUCCCAACAUAAACUGAAACCAGAGUACAACGCAAGCACCAGACAGAGGAAAGGGCUCCGCGUACGCUCUGCAGUUGGAGAUUGUACUAUUUCCCUGCUUUGUUUUCUCAGCCUUUCGCUUCUGAUUUGGCUGGCAUGGGUUUCCUGCUUCUGACAGACCCUGAAUCGGUAACUAUAACCGACGGUGAAAUACAGAUCUUUGCAAGAUCAUGACCGCGAGCGACUGGGAAGUAGCAGUUCCUGUCGAAUCCUGCAAUCUCAUCGCUAUAUAGUUUACCUUGUAAUCACUUUGUGCUUUCAACCAAUCUCCUGAAGAGUGGAUUCGGGAGACACGUUGCCUUUUUUGUCCAUCAGAAGAAGAGUCCGUAAAGUUCUAGAAACGUAUUUCCCACCAGUAGCAACAAAUCACCAGUUUCGACCCAGAUGUUUUAAUUAGUCCGGGGGAAUUGGAUCGCAACGUUUUGUGUUUACGUUAUGUGUUGUAAGCAGCGGAUAUUGAAUGUUACUGCCGUCUCCAGUUGACUGAUUAAAGGAAAUGGAAGUUUUCGCCGCUCUGAUUGUGUCCAUCUCUUGGAUCUUAUAUUCCGACAGUGUAGCUAGUGAUUCCAUUAUUCAUAUAGGUGCAAUUUUUGAGGAAUCUGCAAGAAAGGAUGACAAAAUGUUUCGAUUAGCUGUGGCUGAAAUGAACAUGAAUGAAGAAAUACUGCAAAACGAAAAGAUAACAUUCUCUGUCAGAUUUGUUGACUCCAACAAUCCAUUUCAAGCUGUUCAAGAGGCCUGUGAUCUUGUGUCACAAGGGAUUUUGGCUCUUGUUAGCUCUACUGGCUGUGCACCUUCAGCUUCACUGCAAUCCUUUGCAGAUGGAAUGCAUAUUCCUCACCUCUACAUUCAGCGCACACCAGCUGGAACUCCACGUUCUCAAUGUUCUAUUACAAGGAAUACAAGAAACAGUGAUUACACGCUUUCUGUCCGUCCUCCUGAUUACUUCAAUGAAGUGAUUCUCAAAAUAAUCACUGAAUUUUCCUGGCAGAAGUUCAUGAUAUUCUAUGAUGAUGCAUAUGAUAUUCGUGGGAUUCAAGAAUUUUUGGGCCAAGCUGGUCAACAGGGAAUAGAGAUUUCACUGCAAAAGGUUGAGGCCAGCAUAGGCAACAUGUUCACAGGCCUUUUCUCCACUCUUGGGUUUGAUGAGCUGAGCCGUUUCCGAGACAUGCUUCGAAGAGCCCUACUUUUCCUUAACCCACGUACUGCAAAGACCUUCAUUAGUGAGGCAGUUGACACUAAUUUGGCAGCUGUUGACAGUCACUGGAUCUUCAUCAAUGAGGAAAUAAAUGAUGCAGAUAUUCGGGAGCUGGCAAAGAGAUUGACUGGCAGGUUGACUGUCAUUCGGCAAAGUUUCCCAAUGUCAGAAAGCAAAAGUCAGUACUGUUUGAGAAGCAGUCAUCGAUUUUCUUCUGUGAUGUGUAACCCUAGAGAUCCCUUCACACAACACAUGGAGAUCUCCAAUCUCUAUGUAUAUGACAGUGUUUUGCUGCUGGCAGAUGCUUUCCACAAAAAGCUUGAAGAUCGAAAAUGGCACAGCAUGGCUAGCCUGACAUGUGUAAGAAAAAAUUCCAAGCCGUGGCAAGGUGGGAAGUCAACUUUUGAUGCAAUCAAAAAGAUCAGUUCAGAAAAUUUGAAAGAAACAGCUCAGGCAUUAUAUGAAGACAAAUUUAAGGGGAAAGUGAGUGGAUUAACUGGAAUACUCAAUUUUAGGGAUGAUGGGACAAAUACCAAUAUUCUGUUUGAAAUUCUUGGUACCAGUUACAGUGAGGAAAAGGAUAGAGGGAUUCAACGUCUAGGCCUUUGGAGUCCAACCACUGGAUUGAAUGGUUCUCUUGUUGAUCAAAGACUGGAAAAUAGUAUGGAAGGAGUGACACUGCGAGUUGUGACAGUACUGAUGCCUCCAUUUGUUAUGAUGUCAGAGAAUAUAUUUGGCCAACCUAAAGAAUUCUGUGGAUUUUCUAUAGAUGUUCUGAAUGCUUUGUCUGAGCACCUUGGCUUUAAAUAUCAAAUUUAUCAAGCUCCUGAUAAUCAGCAUGGUAGAUUACAAAAUAACGGAAAAUGGAAUGGAAUGAUAGGAGAGCUUAUGAACAAGAGAGCUGACAUAGCAGUUUCAGCCUUGACAAUUACUCCAGAGAGAGAGAAUGUUGUGGACUUCACUGGUCGAAUCAUGGACUACACCUUAGGAUUUCUACUUAAGAAGCCAGAACACAGAGUGGAUAUGUUUACCUGCCUUGAACCAUUUGACCUGACAGUUUGGGCAUGUAUUAUUGGCACUUUGUUUAUAAUAGGCCUGCUUGUCUGCAUGUUUAGCUGGGUAAAGCCAUCACCACUGCAAAUAGGAUCUGUGACUUCUACAACAUUGUACAAUGCUGCGUGGCUUGUUUAUGGAUCAUUUGUACAACAAGGAACAGGAGGAGACGUCCCCAUUAAUACUUUGGCAGUUCGCUUGUUGAUGGGAUUUUGGUGGCUUUUUGUUUUUAUAAUAAUCUCAACGUACACUGCAAACUUAACGGCCAUCUUGACCAACAAUCGAAUUGAAAACCCAAUUCGAUCUUUCCAGGACCUUGCCAAACAGACAGAUGUUCCAUAUGGUACAGUCCUUGAUUCAGAAGUAUUGCAAAUAAUCAAAACCAAAGGUCGAAAUCCAUUUGAGCUUGAACAAACAUAUGCUCAUUUGUGGAAUAUGAUAAACAAAACAAAUGGCUUGGAGAACUGCGUGAAGAGAAUUCAUGAUGGAAUUCAAAGGGUAAAGGCUGGAAAUUAUGCAUUCAUCUGGGAUGUUGCAGCCCUAGAAUAUUUUGUAGAGAAUGAACCUGAUUGCUCCCUUGUCACAGCAAGGAAUUCUAAAGUUGAUCGAGGUUAUGGCAUUGCUCUUCAAGAUGGCAGCCCCUACAGAGACAUUUUUUCACACAGGCUUCUAGAACUUGAACAAAAUGGUGAACUGGAUGCCCUAAAACAGAAAUGGUGGCCCAAAGUUGGGAAGUGUGAUUUGCAAAGUCAUGUUAAGACACAUGGAAAAGGAGGCCCAAUGGAUCUGCAAAACUUUGCUGGAGCAUUCUGUUUUCUAGCUUUGGGUGUUAUUUUGGCUUUCAUUGCUGCUGUGGUAGAAAUUUGGUGGAAAGGUGAAAAGAAAACAGAUUCUCCUAGAGAGGCCAGCAGCACUGUUCAACAUCAGGAUUGGUGGCUAAUGCCAGAAUUGCAAAAGGCCCAGGAGGAAGAACCCCAAUCCCAGGAGGACAACGAAAUUGAAAUCGAUCAGUUCCAGAAACAAACAGAUGAUUUCUCUAAAGUCAAUGAGAGCUCUGUUAAAUUUUCACCAUCAUUUGUAGACUUGAAUUCAUUUGAACUAUCUAUAAUGCCAACUGGUGAAAAUCGAGAACAAUAUAGUGAUUUCAGGAACACUAAUUUGACAAUGUCAACCUUCAUACCUGACCAGAUGCGGAGGACAAGCACAUGUAGCUUAUCAGCUAAGACUUCAUCUGGAUUGCCACUGAGUGGCACAGCUGGUCAACAAACUACACAAUAUGUAUGCACAUCACAAAAUGAGAGAGAUUGUAGCAGUCCUUCUUCCUUCCUCUGAUCCUAAUUAAGUACAGCCCUAAGAAAUGUGAGUUUCUCAAUAUUGUAAGUGAACUUCUUUUCAGAAGGAUUUGCCAUGUGCAGUUAUAAGUCUUGUUGAAUCAAUCUGAUUGCAUUGUUCAGAAGAUUAACAAUCACAUGCAUGUUCUACUUGAUCCCACACAAUUCUUAAAACAGUAGAACUCUCAUAUUGUUACAGCAAAUUUGCCAUUUAAUUUUACAAUGUAUGAAUGUAUACAUUUUCAUCCCAGGUUUAGUUCCAUUCUUCUCUUUAUUUUCCAUUUCAUCCGACCCUACCAAUCAUUUGCAGCUCAAAAAGAGUGGACAGAUGACCUUCCGAGACCUCCAUGAGUACUGCUGUAAUCUUGACCAUCAAGAUACAUACAAAAGCAAGGGGAAAUAAUGCCAAACUGAGGAAGUGCCUAAUCUCAAACUCAUCUUUCAAUAUUAAGUAGACUAUGUCAAUAAGAACGUUCACCAAAAUGAAGUCAAAUUAUUAGAAAUUAAAGAAACAAAUAAAAUCAAUCAAAAAAGUAUGAAUAUAAGAAGAAAAGAUGACAGUCAGAAAGAUGCUGUCUUAAUAUCAGAACUAAUUAUCUCUGAAGAUAUUUGAGGUUAUUGAGAUAAUAAGAAGGUAUUCUUUUUGUGGCAUACUGAAAAAAAAGUUUUGUGUGGAACAUGUGCUGCUUAGUUACUUAUGUCUAUCUGAAAUGCUUCAAUCUAGAAAAAUGUAUAUUACAUUGGCUCUAUGAUGGUACAAAAUAAUGCACUUUAGAGAAGGUAAUAGAAACAGUGUUACAUUUAUCAAUUUUAUAGCAACAAAUACAUUAAAAUAUAAAUUGUAUAACAUUAGUUUCACCAUAUUAUGAGUAAAAUAAAAUUGCAAAGUCUAAUGCUCAUUAUUAACUUGCAGCACCAAAUGAGGUGGUCAUUUUUUUAGUCUGUAUACUUUUUUGAGAAUUUUUAGAAAUUUUUUCUAUGAAGCACAAUUUAAGGUCAUUAAGUAAUCUAGUGCAUAAUUUGCUGAAAUUCUGCUCCUGUAUAAAAAGAUGUUUCCGCGAUAAUACGUAUUUUUUUUUACCCAUGCUCAAGAUAGUAUAAGCAGCUCAAUAUUGUAUCUGAUGAUAAAAUUGUAUGGACUAGCUAGGGGGCAGCAUCCUUUUGUGUAAGAGAUUAAACAAACUGUGUUGGAUUAUUCAGACGCUUGAGCUAUAAUUUUGCGUCAUAUGAUUUACUGUCAAUCUCCUUAUAAACUUCAAAUGAUUUUAAAAUGUACAAUAUUGACUACUUAAAAUAAACUGACCCCUAAUAUUUGUUUCUGUUAUGACCAUUACAAGAGUAGUAAAAAAAAACAACCCAGCUGUAAAUGACCUGAUAUAUAAUACUCCAAUGUUGGACUCGGUUGAGAAGGUUUUAGCUUCGUAGCAAUGGUAAAACAGUGCUUGAAAUUCUUAGUAUUUUAUUUUAAUUUUAAGUAUGAAAAUUGCUAUCAAAGAUCAUAAUUUUGUCUAAAAUAAUCAUUGGCUCCAUCCUACACACAAACUUCAAUUCCUAUUUUGGAAUUCUAAACAAACAACAUGUUAACUUUACUGUAAGAAGGCAAGGUAUAGCAACCCAGUGUUUAUGACUUGUACUUGUUUACGAUGAAAAGUACAGAAUUUUAUAAAAGGAUUUGUAAUGUCAGGUGUGGACAAAUUUUGACUUGGCUUUGAAAUGAUUUACGAGGAGGAUAGCAUGUUUGAUAUUUUAAGGAAGCUAAAUUUAAUCAGAGAAAGAAAGUCAUUAAAAGUAACCAAAGCAGAAUGAUACUAAUAGGUAAAAGAAUUGCACUAAAGAGUGGCAUAAACUAGAAUCAAAUAGUUUUCAUGCCAAGGUUUCAAAAAACAUUUUUUGCAGAUAUCCAAACUACAUUCUUCUAAAUUCUCUCAAUUCAGGUACUAUUGUUUUCGAUAGGAAAUUUGCACAGCAGCCCACAAUUUAAGAAACGUGAUUAAGGAUGACAAUGGAUUCCAAAAUUAUUUAGCUGAGAAGUGGUGUAGUGGACAGUGAAAAUGGUUACGUCAGAGUACAGUGGGGCCUUGAUCAGAUUGGUCAAUGGGCCAGUAGUGGCAGAUGGAGUUUAAUCUAGGUAAAUAUGAGGUGUAUCAUUUUGGGAAGGCAUAUCAGGCCAGGAUUUGUACACUUAAUUGUGAGGACCUGGAGAAUGUUGCUGAACAUAGAGGCCUUGGAGUGCAGGUUCAUAGCUCAUGAAACUGGGGUUGCAGGUGAGCAGGGUAUUGAAGAAGGUGUUUGAUAUGCUUGCCUUUAUUGGCCAGUGCAUAGAGUAUAGGAGUUGGGAGGUCAUGUGUGGCUGUACAAGACAUUGAUGAGGCCAUUUUUGGAAUAUUGCAUUCAAUUCUGGUCUCUCUGCUUUAGGAAAGAGAUUGUUAAACUUGGAAGGUUCAGAAAAGAUUUACAAGGACAUUGCCAGGAUUGGAGGGUUUAAGCUGCAGGGAAAGGCUGAAUAGGCUGGGACUGUUUUCCCCAGUGCAACAGAGGCUGAGAGAUGACCUGAUAGAAGUUUAUAAAAUCAUGAGGGGCAUGGGCUGGGUGAAUAGGUAAGGUUUAUUCCCAGGGUAGGGGAGUCCAAAACUAAAGGGCACAGGUUGAAGGUAAGAGGAAAAAGAUUUAAAAGGAACUUAAUGUCCCUUUUCACACAGAGGGUGGUGUGUGUAUAGAAUAAGCUGCCAGUGGAAAUGGUGGAGAUUGAUACAAUUGCAACAUUUGAAAAGUGUCUGGAUGGGUGUAUGAAUAGUAAAGGAUUAGAGCAAUAUGGGCCAAAUUCUAGCAAUGAGACUAGACUAAUUUAUGAUACCUGAUUAGCAUGGAUGAGUUGGGCUGAAGGGUCUGUUUCCGUGCUGCACAUCUCUAUGACUCUAUGAUUCUAAUUUGUAACUGGAAAGUUAAUAAGGAGCAAUAUCUCACAUACUACCACUUCCUUCCAUUUCCUGAGGCUUGCAGCACUAUGGGCAAUGCUGUGACCUGUUACCUGCCUAACCCUUGUGGCUUUUAUCUUCGAUAUCAAAGGAAAAUGAAAUGUGAAUGAUAUAGGUAAUAGCCCACACUGAUGUUUACCAACGGCAUAGUGCUGCUUUAAGCAGCCAUUGCUUGGUCAAAGUUUUCCCUCCUGGAAUGUAUUAUUUAAGUUAGACUAACUGAACAUUUUGGAAAGAAGAAGAUGUAUAGAAGAUAGUUCAUUCCUGAUGAACCUGAUUGUCUUAUCCACUACUUCAUUCACCUCUUCAAAAAUAUCAAUGUCCAGGGAUAAAAUUGAUAUAAUAUGGACAUUAAAGCAUGCUUAACAAAGUCUCUUAUAAGAUAAAGUAAACUAGAAUUGAAGCUAUUGAUAUUGAAGACAAAUUUGGAAUUGUAACGAAUGGCAGAAUAAAGGAAGUAAGAACAGUGGUCUCAUCCUCUAUUUGUGGGAUGUGACAAAAUGUUAUCCUACAAAUAUCUGUUCUGUGACCCUAACACUUCCUCCAUAUAUAAAAAUGAUUUAGAUGAUGUGAUAGAUAGCUACAUAUCAAGUUUGCCGAUGACUAAGAUGACAAUAUUGAAAGCAAUAUAAUCAAAAGUGUAAUGUUAUGAUUUAAUUAAAUUAUUAAACAUGUUGCAACUGGAUUUCAAUGUGGCCAAAUAUGAAAACAUUGUUUUAAUUUAACUGCUGGAGUACAAGUAUCAUUCUAAUGCACUCAACCUAGGUUAAUUUAUCCUUCGUAAGCUGUUGUGACUAGUAUUUAUAUAAAGUAAUCCAGGCACUUUCUGACUAGAUCUUUGUAUGCCUAGUGUAUACCUUCUAAAUUCCCAUGUAUUAGUUAUCUAGAUAUAGAACCCAGUAAUCCAGUUGUGCUUUUAAUUGUUUUCUGUACUUGUCCAUCACAUUAUAAUGAUCUCUGUAUAUGAAGCUCUCCGUCUCCUUGGACUUCCACUAUUUCUAGCAUUCCAUCUUUUAGGAUUUAUUCUGCUCUGUACUUUCAGGUCCAAAGUGGAUAACCUCACCCCUUCUGACUUUCAAAUCUAUUCCCCAUUAAUGUUUGAAUUUUACUUCCAAUGUUACACUUCAAUUUAAACAGUUUACAAUGCCACUUAACACUAUAUAUCAUCAACAAUUUUUACAUAUAGCUCUUUAUUCCAUCACCUUUGGUAUUAAUAAAUAUAUGGAAUAAUCCCUAGAAUUUGGCAAUGUAAGGACUGAGAUAAUCAAAAUUGACAAGAUAUUAAAGUAAAUUGAUAGGCUAAAUGGAGGAUAGUUAUUCCUGUUGAUUACAGAACCUAAAAUUAAGGGACAAAGCUGAAGAAUUAAAGCCAGAUUUUCAGCAGCAAAGUUAGGAUGUCUGCACACAAAAGGUUGUUUGGAGGUUGCAACUUUUUCCCAGGAAUAGCAGCUGAUGCUAAACCAAUAAAUCAUAUUAAAUUUGAAAUUUUUUUUUGAUAACCAAAGGUAUGCAGAGAUAAGGGGCAAGUGUGAGGAAUAGAUUACAGAUCAUCCAAUGAGCUCACUGAAUGGUAGAACAGAUUCUAUUUGAUAAAUUGCCUCCCUCCCUUCCUAUGUUUCUUUGUGUGACUGAUAUAUUUUCAGAUAUUAAUGAAACUCCAAACUGUGUGACAAAAUAUGUGCAUUAAUUUCAUAUGACUAGGACAAGUAAUUGACAUGUGUAGAAAACUGAUGUGUUAAUUUGCAAACUAAUUUUCCUGUCAACUCCCUUGGAAGUGAUGUGAGGGGGGGGAUAAAAAGCCUUGUCACGUUAUAGCAAACACAAGUAGUUGGAAGUGUAAAUGAAGAAUUAACCUUCAUUAAUUUGUAACAUGUUCAAAUCAUUAUAUUGCUUGUUGGUAAUAAAUGUAGACAGCACAAUGGAACUUUGUUUGAAAUAGUUAAUUUCAUUCACCUUCUCCAAAGAGUGAAGACUGUGAGAAGUACUUGCAAUUAUAUUAGGAACAUGUAAUGUUAACAUGCUCAUUUUGUGAUGCUUUCAUUCUUUUGAGAGGCCUACAAAACCAUUAUGUGAAAUAUAGACCUCUUAGAAUGUUGUACUACUGCUGUAAGACUAUAAGUUUGCAUUUGUUAAAAUACCUGAUCUGAAAUUGUUGUUGCUUAUAUGAAUGUAAAACCAAUGGCGUAUGGACUGGAGAGGAGUACAACAGUGCCCUAACAGCUUAAAAAUGUUAUUAGAACACCUUUCCAUAAUGCUGCUAAGCACUCUUUUAUUCUCUUUUCAUAAUUGUGUUACUGUAUGCCCAAUUAGUGAACUGUUCUUAUUAUUGCCUCUUAUGUGCUCUCAUAUUCCUCCUUAUGUAUUUUAAAUAACAUCUUUUAUUACACUUUCCUGGUAUGUGUUUGCCUCUGACUAUCACAUAAAUCUAUUAUAAAUGCUUUUUAAAUGAAGAA